UCAACAAAGACGUAAGGAACAUACGCAUCAGGUUGUUUACCCGCCUCGCUGACUCACUGGGAGGGACCGCCCCGUCCCCUGCCCACUAUAUAAGCCUCUCUGUGGCCUGCCAACACCAACAUUCGCAACAAAACGCCAGAAUGAACACUUUAAUUUUCGGAGGUCUGUUGGUGACGAUGUGCGUGGCGCUGGGCGCGGCACUGCCGGCCCCCGCGGCCCCGGCGGCCCCGGCGCUGCAGCCUGAGGAGAGCCUGCUGGCGGACGAGUCCCGCCACGGGUACGGCCGGCACUACGGCGGCGGCUACGGCGGCUACGGUGACUACGGCGGCGGCUACGGAGGGUACGGACACCACGGCUAUGGCCACGGCUACGGCCACGGUGGGUACGGCCACGGCGGAUACGGUCACGGCUACGGCGGCGGCUGGAACCGCUACGGACACGGAGGAUACGGCGGCUACGGAGGCUACGGGGGAGGAUACGGAGGCUACGGCAGUGGACUCGGCGUCAUCGCCUUCGGUUAAACCUUACAUUUAAACAAUUUAGUGAAUUCUUAACGAAACCUUCAAAUCUUCGAUUGGCACCAUCGAAUAACUUUUAUCUGUGAUUUUGAUAUUUAAAUAUAUAAGUACAAAACAUAA